GGCCGCCGCCGCUCCUGCCCGGGCCCCUGCUGCUGCUGCUGUCGCCUGCGCCUGCUGCCCCAACUCGGCGCCCGACUUCUUCAUGGUGUGCGGAGGUCAUGUUCGCUCCUUAGCCGGCAAACGACUUUUCUCCUCGCCUCCUCGCCCCGCAUGUUCAGGACCAAACGAUCUGCGCUCGUCCGGCGUCUCUGGAGGAGCCGUGCGCCCGGCGGCGAGGACGAGGAGGAGGGCGCGGGGGGAGGCGGAGGAGGAGGCGAGCUGCGGGGAGAAGGGGCGACGGACGGCCGGGCGCAUGGGGCCGGUGGCGGCGGCUCGGGCAGGGCUGGCUGCUGCCUGGGCAAGGCGGUCCGAGGUGCCAAAGGUCACCACCAUCCCCACCCCCCAGCCACGGGCGCCGGCGCGGCCGGGGGCGCCGAGGCGGAUCUGAAGGCGCUCACGCACUCGGUGCUCAAGAAACUGAAGGAACGGCAGUUGGAGCUGCUGCUCCAGGCCGUGGAGUCCCGCGGCGGUACGCGCACCGCGUGCCUCCUGCUGCCCGGCCGCCUGGACUGCAGGCUGGGCCUGGGGGCGCCCGCCGGCUCGCAGCCCGCGCAGCCGCCCUCGUCCUACUCGCUCCCCCUCCUGCUGUGCAAAGUGUUCAGGUGGCCGGAUCUCAGGCAUUCCUCGGAAGUCAAGAGGCUGUGUUGCUGUGAAUCUUACGGGAAGAUCAACCCCGAGCUGGUGUGCUGCAACCCCCAUCACCUUAGCCGACUCUGCGAACUAGGUAAGAAGUUGUUCCGCGCUCACCCGUCUCCCCCUCCUCCUUACUCCAGAUACCCGAUGGAUUUUCUCAAACCAACUGCAGACUGUCCAGAUGCUGUGCCUUCCUCCGCUGAAACAGGGGGAACGAAUUAUCUGGCCCCUGGGGGGCUUUCAGAUUCCCAACUUCUUCUAGAGCCUGGGGAUCGGUCACACUGGUGCGUGGUGGCAUACUGGGAGGAGAAGACGAGAGUGGGGAGGCUCUACUGUGUCCAGGAGCCCUCCCUGGAUAUCUUCUAUGAUCUACCUCAGGGGAAUGGCUUUUGCCUCGGACAGCUCAAUUCGGACAACAAGAGUCAGCUGGUGCAGAAGGUGCGGAGCAAAAUCGGCUGCGGCAUCCAGCUCACGCGGGAGGUGGACGGCGUGUGGGUAUACAACCGCAGCAGUUACCCCAUCUUCAUCAAGUCAGCCACACUGGACAACCCGGACUCCAGGACGCUGUUGGUACACAAAGUGUUCCCCGGUUUCUCCAUCAAGGCUUUUGACUACGAGAAAGCAUACAGCCUGCGGCGGCCCAACGACCACGAGUUCAUGCAGCAACCGUGGACUGGCUUCACCGUGCAGAUCAGCUUCGUGAAGGGCUGGGGCCAGUGCUACACCCGCCAGUUCAUCAGCAGCUGCCCGUGCUGGCUGGAGGUCAUCUUCAACAGCCGGUAGCCCCACGGGGAGAGGAUGGGGCGGGAGCCGAGCCGGCCCAGUCCAAACUACUUUGCUGCUAAUACUUUCCUCCCGAGUGCUUGCUUUUCACGCAGACUCCUUGGUCAUCGUGUGUAGUUGUUGUUUCCCCCCCCCCUUCUUGUUCUUGUUUAUGUUCUUUUUUGUUCUUUGAGAAAUAGCUUAUGAAAAGAAUAGUCGGGGGUUUUUUGGGGGGGGUGGCGGGGUAUGGCUGGUAGAACACCCCAGUAGGAAAAGGGGAAGCAAGAAUCUGUACCACCAAACACACAAGGAUGGGGGGCAGGCCCUCACUUUGGGGUCCUCAAUUCCCUUGUCGGGGCGGGUGCGCGUGCGAGUGCGCCUGCGUCUGCGCAUGCGCGUUUG